GUCGGAAUGGGUUCCGGAGCCGGCGGAUGUAGCUUCUCAGUCUUCACUUGACACCGGGCGGCUGCUUGGCUGCUGGUCUUGUCAGCCUCUGGGUUGCCAGGUUCAUGUGGAGGCUCCCAAGCACCCGCGCCGUACUUCGUGGGGUCCGGACGGCGGUGGAGCAGCACAGCCGGACUGAAGCGGCUCCUGAAAAGGCGGCAGGCGCGAUGGAGCGCGCUGUAGUGCGCUGUGUUCCCUCGGAGCCCAAGCUGAGCUUGUCGUUUGCACUGGCCGACGGCAGCCACAAGAACAUGCAGCGCGACCAGAGUGAGCCGCUGGGUCGGGCCCUCAGCCGGAUCGCUACCAAUGCCCUCAAGGGCCACGCUAAGGCAGCCGCAGCUAGAAAGAACCGGAAGAACCGGUCCAACGCGAGCGGUGGCGCGGCCUGUGCAGGGUCUGGGUCGGAGACGGCAGCAAUCUGCGAGCCCGUGGUAAAGCUGUACUACCGAGAAGAAGCAGUGGCUGAGGAUGUGCUCAACGUGGACGCCUGGCAGGACGGCGCGGUGCUGCAGAUUGGCGAUGUCAAGUACAAGGUGGAGCGCAACCCACCCGCCUUCACCGAGCUUCAGUUGCCACGCUACAUCAUGGCCGGCUUCCCCGUGUGCCCUAAGCUCAGCCUUGAAUUUGGGGAUCCGUCUGGCUCUCUCUACCGCUGGUACAAGGAAGCCAACCCUGGUGCCGCGGAACCUGAAGGUGGUGGCCCUUCGUCAUUGUCUCCCUCUUCGCCAUCUUCUACUUGGACCGAAACGGAUGUGAAUGAGCGCGUCUACAUCCCGUCCAAUGCUGACAUCGGACUACGGCUGAAACUUCACUGCACUCCAGGCAAUGGGCAGCGUUUCGGGCCGAGCAGGGAAUUGGAAAGUGUGUGUCCAGUGGAGGCUGGGCCUGGUACUUGCACUUUUGACCAUCGGCAUCUCUACACCAAAAAAGUGACAGAGGACGCUCUCAUCCGCACUGUCUCCUACAACAUUUUGGCAGACACGUAUGCCCAGACUGAGUUCUCACGGACUGUUCUGUACCCAUACUGUGCCCCCUAUGCCCUGGAGCUUGAUUACCGCCAGAAUCUUAUCCAGAAGGAACUCACAGGCUACAAUGCCGACCUCAUCUGUUUGCAGGAGGUUGACCGCGCGGUGUUUUCGGACAGUUUGGUACCCGCAUUGGAGGCUUUCGGGCUGGAGGGCGUGUUUCGAAUCAAGCAGCACGAAGGCCUGGCCACUUUUUACCGGAAGUCAAAGUUCAACCUCCUUAGCCAGCAUGACAUUUCUUUCCAAGAAGCCCUGGAGUCUGACCCACUUCACAAAGAAUUGCUGCAGAAACUAGUCUUGUACCCAUUGGCACAGGAAAGAGUGCUCCAGAGAUCUUCUGUCCUUCAGGUUUCAGUUCUUCAAUCUACAAAGGAGUCUUCUAAAAAGAUAUGUGUUGCUAAUACCCAUCUCUACUGGCAUCCAAAAGGUGGGUACAUUCGUCUCAUUCAAAUGGCAGUAGCUUUGGCUCACAUUAGACAUGUCUCAUGUGAUCUGUAUCCUGGCAUACCAGUUAUAUUUUGUGGGGACUUUAAUAGUACACCAUCAACAGGAAUGUAUCAUUUUGUCAUCACUGGCAACAUUCCAGAGGAUCAUGAAGACUGGGCUUCCAAUGGGGAAGAAGAAAGAUGCAACAUGUCUCUAACACAUUUCUUCAAACUGAAAAGUGCUUGUGGUGAACCAGCUUACACAAAUUAUGUUGGUGGCUUUCAUGGAUGUCUAGAUUACAUUUUCAUUGACUUACAUGCUUUAGAGGUUGAACAGGUGAUUCCAUUACCUAGUCAUGAAGAAGUUACCACCCACCAGGCCUUACCUAGUGUUUCCCAUCCUUCUGAUCACAUAGCACUUGUAUGUGAUCUAAAAUGGAAAUAGAUUUCUGUUUAAUGGAAUUUAAGUAUAAAAAGGAAAUUAGUUACUUUGUAGAAAAUUUGGUAUGAAUCAAAGCUAAUAUGUAACUUUCAAAGAGGAAAUAAUAGACUCAAUGGUAAAACUUUCUAUUCAUUCCCUACUAGUUAUGUUCCAAGACUAUUUAUGUUUGCAUCAUAUAGACCCUUUUUCCCCCUACACUUGGAGGUAAAGCAAAUAUAUUUAUGGAGAAACAGGAAGUUCAAAUAUUGUGUACAUUUUUAUAAAUGAUUUUUAAUAUAAUUAAGAAUUUUUUAAGUACCAUUUGAAUGAUCUUUUAAUUUUUUUCAUGACACAUUUCAGAUUGAAUCAUGUUUAUUUAAUUAUAUGAAAAAAUGCAUACAGGUUAAGGUGAAAGACCUAAAUUCUGACACAUGGAAUAACCUUAGGGUCUACCUCUACCUCAAUUUUGUCAGCAUUUUAUUACAAUUUCGGAGUUGACAAAAAAUUAAAGUUGUUGUUGUUGA